AAUAAGUACAUCAACAACAAAAUUCAACACUGAAUUUUAAUGUUGGUUGUAUUUAUGGGAAAUAAUAAUUAUUAACAAUAGUUAUCAAAAAAUUGUUAAAGUAUAUGCCAUUCUACUGCACAUUCAGCUGACGCGACAAAACCUAAGAAGAUACUCGAUUGUGAAAAUGAGCCGAUGUUGUGUGAUCUCAUGUUUGAACAAAAGAAGUGAGAAACAAGUGAAAUUUUUCAACUUUCCCACGGACCCUACGAUAUGUUCGCAGUGGGUCGAGUUUUGUCAUUGUCCAGAAACGUUAAGAAGGUUCGAAGAGGGAGGGUCGACUGCUAUGCGUAAAUUUGCUAUUUGUUCAGAACAUUUCGAGCCAACACUGGUGAAAACUGCGGGCAAAGGACACCUACCGAAUGAUGCGGUUCCAGACAGUAUUGGGACAACUUAUAUGACUCCUACAAUGCUACGAGAGAAAGGUUUCAAUAUAGAAGAAGUACCUGUUAAAAAUGAACCUGUACACGAAAUUUUUCUGGAUGCGACAUACGCCCCCGAUGAAUUCUUAGUAGAAAUGUUAUGUCCAGAAGAAAUUAACGAGGAAUCGGACAACGAUAUAAUGUCAAUGACAGCGAAUUCUCUUGAUACAAGUGUAUCGCAAAGCACUGAACAGGAACGGAGCAUUACACCUACUGCUAGCAUAGUUUCGAAUAAUAUCAAACAAAACAGUAUCUACGAUAAACAUGCAAGUGUAAAAUGUAAAGGGUUUUGCAAGUCAAGUUACAAUUUUAGAAGUCGAUAUGAAACACAGAGAAAUAAAAAUCGAGAAAUCCAAGUCAGUAUAGAAAAAAGCAAAAUUAGAUUGGCUAAAAUGACCGCAAAAGUUCAAAAGAUGGCAGACAAGGUGGCAUUGAAAAGGCAAAAGCGUGAUCAAUUGAAUGAACGUUAUAAAGAGAUGCAAAAGCUCAAAGAGGACCUCAGUCUAGCCAGUAUUAUGGACGUCGAUGAAAGCGAAGAUGAAGCAGAUUUUGAUGAAUCGAAAGCAUGGUGGUGAUAUUUUUUUGCGACAUUAAUAC